GUGCUGCCCAGGUCAAAAGCGUAGAAACCUGCCUCUUCCCCAACAACGGCCUCUUCUCCGGGGAACUGUCGGUACUGGAGCACCGUGUGGUAUCUCGAAAUCGAAGGAUGCUCCAGGGACACAUCGCACAACGAGUCCCGCGGCGGGUUUGACCGGGAGGCAGGAUGAUGCGGUACUGGGGAGAGAUCCCGGUGCAGGCAGCGCCGGCCAGCCGCAGCUCCUUCGACCUCCUGCAGCGGGAGUUCCGCUCGGUGGAGAUGCAGGACCCCCCGCUGCACCAGCCGUCCGCCCACCGCCCGCGGCCGACCACCAUGCUGGACAUCCCGUCGGAGCCCUGCAGCCUGACCAUCCACACGGUGCAGCUGUGCCAGCACGCCCGCCGCCUCCGGGCGCUCCUGGCCGCCGCGCAGGGCCAGCCGCCCGCCGAUGGCACUGGCAGGCCCGAGGAGGGCGACGCCCUGCCACCCAGGCCCCUCACGCCUGCCAUGCCCGAUGACCUGCUGCCGCUGGACAGCAAGGCCCCCCACCAGCACUUCCAGCUGAGGCACAGCGACCCCGAGAGGGACUUCUACAAGGGUAAGGGCGAGCCGGUGACGGAGCUGAGCUGGCCGUCCUGCAGGCAGCUGCUGUACCAGUCGGUCGCCACGGUGCUGGCGCACGCGGGCUUCGAGUCGGCGCAGGAGAGCGUGCUGGAGACGCUGACCGACCUGGCGCACGAGCACUACCUGCGGCUGAGCCGGCUGCUGCGCGUGGCCGUGGACCGCGAGGCCCGGCUGGGCGCCACGCCCUUCCCGGACGCGGUGGAGCAGGUGUUCCACGAGGUGGGCAUCGGCAGCGUGCUGGCGCUGCAGAAGUUCUGGCAGGUGCGCAUCAAGGACUACCACAGCUACAUGCUCCAGGUGAGUGCCGAGCUCUCUGAGGAGUACGAGCGGCUGGUGAACCCGGAGAAGGCUCUGGAAGACUCUAAGCCGCUGAAGAUCAAAGAGGAGCCCGUGAGCGACAUCCCCUUCCCCGAGAGCGAGGAGCCGGAGGCGGACCUGGCGUCCGGGGACCAGGCGCUCCCCAUCGGGGUGCUGGGGGCCCCCAGCGAGAGGCUGGCCGGGGGGCUGGAGGGGGACAACUCGCCACACCCCUCAGGAGCGGCGGGGAACGGCUCCCCCCUGUGGCACCUGGCGCAGGUGAAGAUGGAGCCGCAGGACAGCGAGGAGGCGCAGGUGUCGGCGCACGGGGUGCUGGGGGGCGACGUGUUCGAGGAGGGGCCCAUGUCCACCAUGAGCGAGGCGGGGAUCCCCCCCUCCCCCAGCGGGGCGGCCUCGGACGCCAGCUACGCCUCCCACUCCCCCGACUCCCUCAUGGGCGCCUCGCCCGUCUUUAACCAGCGCCCCCGCAAACGCGCGAAGAAGAUCUGAGAGACGCGCCGCGCCGCGCGUUACCGAACCGCCACAGGGGGGCGCCGCACCGCGACGCCACACGCCCAGGGGUAAACUCACUUUAGAGGAGCACUGAGCCCAAAAAACUCCACGGCCUGAAUUUAAUCAAAAUCUGUCCCCUAACUUUUGACUUUAAAUCGACGCUGACAAAAGCGUCACUUUUCUUUCCAUUGCGAUCCCAGUUUCUGUUCUCACAGCUUUCCUCAGAAAUUUCUGUUCGUGAAUAUAUAUAAAAAUUAAAAAAAAGACAGCUGCCACUGCCUUUAAAUUGUGAGAGAAAUUUAUGAACAAAUGUUGAUUGAAUCCAGGGUCUAUUUUUAAAGUGUCGGAGCAUGAAAAAGACCUUGAUGAUCUGGUAAAUAUGAAUACAAGAUGUCAGACUCUGCAACAGAUUGUUCAUUGUGUAUUUAUAAAAGGCAGACUUCUUUCAGUUUUAUAUUUAGUACAAAAUAAAGAUGUUUUGUCAGCAUA